UGCAUGGACCAGAGCGUGACAGCCUCGCUCCACGCACGGCUUGAACGAACCCAUGGGCUUGGUUGCAAUCACCAGCUUGCUCCAUCCAGGACUCCUUGAUCCUACAGGCACUCAGGCCACCCCCAAGGGACUUGUUCCCCGCACAUGGAAUCGAUACCUGCAUUACACGCUGGUCCCUUGUGCUCGUUGAUAAAUUGAUCCUCGCCCGCGGUGUCCAGCACCUGCUGCUUACCUGCCUCGUCGUUGUACACUCGUCCUUUCAUUUCGCGACCAGCUUCCUGUGUCAAAGUCCCCUUCGCUGUGUGAAGGGGUCGUACAGCAUACAAACGCAGGCCGUCUGCAGCCUUGCCCCAUAUUCUCUCCUCUUCCUGCAUCUUUAAAGAACCGGUUCUGUUGAGCUCUUCUUGUAUCUCUCCAUACCUCUUGGUGCGAGCAUCGCCGCAAGUAUGGCUGACACUUCCGGGACAAAACCAGAGCUCCACGAAGAGAAGACGGAGAGGCGUGCGUCCGUCUUCGACGAUGAUCAACGCCGUAGGCAGUCCGUCCAGGAUCUCACCAACAAUGUAACCGGCGAGAUCCGCAACCCGCUUGUUGGAAUCCCCAAGGAAGCUCUUCUUGAGGAUGUCGAGCUCUUUGCCAAUGAAAACGGCUUGACUGACAUCCUUCCCCUUCUGCGAAAGGGUGCUCUUCUUGCCCAAGACCCAACAAACAUCGACGGCUUGGAAGACAUUGAUGAUGCUGAGCGCGAGGAGCUCCACCUGGAGUUCACCAAGCGCUGGAGGCACCCUCGCAUGCUCUACUUCACCAUCAUCCUCAACUCUAUCGCCGCUGCCAUCCAGGGUUGGGACCAAACCGGGUCCAACGGCGCCAACCUAACCUUCCAGGACCAAUUCGGCAUCCCAGACAGCGGCGCCAAGUGCGAGGCCGAAGGCACCUGCGACAAGAACUCUUGGAUUGUCGGCUUUAUUAAUUCUGUUCCCUACAUUGCGAUUGCCUUCUUUGCCGGAUGGAUAUCUGAUCCCAUCAAUCACUUGAUCGGUCGCAGAAAGACCAUUUUCAUUGCCGCCAUCUUCAGUCUGUUGGCUCCCAUUGGCUCGGCGCUAACGCAGCAUUGGGGUCAGCUUGUCGCAUGUCGUAUCUUGCUUGGAAUUGGAAUGGGUUUGAAAGAAGUCACCGUGCCUGUGUUCUCGGCAGAGGUAGCUCCUGCAAACAUUCGAGGCGGUCUUGUCAUGACGUGGCAAGUUUGGACAGCGUUUGGUAUCUUCCUCGGUACCUGCGCAAACUUGGCUGUCAAGGACACUGGACGCAUCUCAUGGCGCCUUCAGCUUGGAAGUGCUUUCAUUCCCGCGAUCCCCCUGGUUCUUGGCAUCAUGUUCACUCCCGAAUCCCCUCGUUGGCUGAUGCAGAAGAAGCGGUACAGAAAGGCAUAUGAAUCUUUCCUCCGCUUCCGAAUGACCCCAAUUCAGGCUGCUCGUGAUUUGUAUUAUGCCCACGCUCUUCUGCGCCAGGAAGACAUCCUCGUAGCAGAGUCCGGACUGGCUAAGAAUGGUAACCUCUUCACUCGUUUUGUCGAGCUGGCUACCAUCCCGCGCGUUCGGCGUGCCGCCCAAGCUUCCGGUAUCGUUAUGAUUGGUCAGCAAAUGUGCGGUAUCAACAUCAUCGCCUUUUACAGCUCCACGAUCUUCCAAAAGGCAGGUGCAAGCGUGACAGGCGCUCUGCUUGCUUCCUGGGGUUUCGGUUUGAUCAACUUCCUCUUCGCUUGGCCAGCCGUGUACACAAUCGACACGUUUGGUCGACGAGCUUUGCUUCUCUUCACUUUCCCUAACAUGUGCUGGACCCUUUUGGCAGCCGGUUUCUGCUUCUACAUUCCAUCUAGCAACAAGGCCCAUCUGGGUUUGAUCGCGUUCUUCAUCUACCUGUUCGACGCAUUUUACAGCCCUGGUGAAGGACCAGUACCUUUCACCUAUUCCGCAGAAGUCUUCCCGCUUUCUCACAGAGAGGUGGGUAUGUCUUGGGCAGUCGCUACGAACAACUUCUGGGCCUCUGUUCUCGCACUCACGCUGCCGCGCAUGCUACGCGCCUUUGGCAACCCUGGAACUUUCGGCUUCUAUGCCGGUCUCAACUUCAUUGCGUUCUGGAUGAUCUUCUUGUGGCUUCCAGAGACCAAGCAGCGCACACUCGAAGAGCUUGACUACGUGUUUGCCGUGCCGACUCGCACGCACACGAAGUACCAGGUCACCGAAGUCGCGCCGUACUGGUUCAAGACAACCAUUCUUCGCCAGAAGGGUCUCAAGGAGCCACAGCUAUAUAAGUUCGACAAUGUCGAAGCUCCAAGCGCAAACUUGCUGGAGAACGAGGCUGCUGCGGCCAAAAAGACCUCUGGCGAAGUUUAGACUAUCUGGUAUACAUCUAAUUCGCACUACAAUGGAAGGACGAUUGCAUGAUACUUCAAAGCGGUGAUGGAAACAACACAUGUCAUGAAAUCCGUUAUCUGUUUCAUGAAAUUGUAUCAAAGAGUAAGCGUGGCGAUGAUCAUGGGAGAGGUCUUAGUGGGUGACCUGGGGUUCGUUAUGGCGGGACUCACUAUCUCAGUCGUUUCCUCUUCAUAUACCCCCAGAUCGAUCAUUACGUAGUUGUUUAUUCAAGAACCCCAUAAUACAAAGCUCUUAGGAGAAAA